GACUUGGAGUUACACUGAUGAUUAUGUGCUCCCUUUAUUUUUUUGAGCCGUGUAUUUGUAUAGAUAGGUAUUAGGAUUUUGCUUGGCGAUGUUUCAUGUCAGCAUGGCCUCUCCAGGCCCAUGUGCUCAUGCAACUGUUGUUUCCCCCAGUCUGACAAACAUUUGGGCCUAUCAUUUGCAUUAAUUGCUAGUUAGGACGACAGUUAAACCUCCAUGCAGUUUUCGUGUGUGAGUGUGUGGCCAGAUUGUGAGGCACCUGUCAUGCCCUGAUGUUACGCAGGCUGGGCUGCCCGGGCUUCACCCUGCGCUCUCAGCGCUGCAAGCCUAUAAAUUCACUGGCUCUCAUUAGGACUCAGCACCAGCACGCUGACUGCAGAGAUCACAGAGUUUCAAAGCAGGGGUGCUUGCUGUGUGGAUAAGAUGGAACUCGCCAAUCAUAUCAACAUCGCAAUGAUAGAAGAUGCCGGCAUCAAUGGGAUGGCCAGGUCAAAGGUAAUCACAACCUUAGACCAGGCCAAACAGCCGUGCGGGUCCACUGUGAGCUUCCAUAACAUCCAGUACAAAGUGCAGCUUAAGACUGGGCUCCUCUGCAAAAGGAAAACCACUGCCCGGGAAAUAUUGGUGGAUCUCAAUGGGAUCAUGAGACCUGGUCUGAAUGCCAUUCUUGGACCCACUGGAAGCGGAAAGUCCUCCUUCCUGGAUGUUCUAGCUGCUAGGAAGGAUCCCUCAGGUCUCUCGGGAGAAGUGCUUAUUGACGGAGCACCGCAGCCUCCAAACUUCAAAUGCCUCUCUGGCUAUGUGGUUCAGGACGAUGUGGUCAUGGGCACCCUGACAGUGAGGGAGAACCUACGUUUCUCUGCUGCGCUGCGCCUGCCCAGCUCUGUGCCUCAGAGGGAGAAGGAGGCUCGCGUCAAUCACCUCAUCAGAGAACUGGGUCUGACCAAGGUGGCCGACUCCAAGGUGGGCACUCAGAUGAUCCGGGGGAUAUCUGGAGGAGAGAGGAAGAGGACUAACAUCGGUAUGGAGCUGAUUAUUGAUCCCUCUGUUCUCUUCCUGGAUGAACCUACCACAGGACUGGAUGCCAGCACCGCUAACUCUGUAUUGCUGCUGCUGAAGAGAAUGGCCAGUCAUGGACGCACUAUAAUCAUGUCCAUCCACCAGCCACGCUACUCUAUUUACAGACUUUUCGACACUCUGACCUUGCUUGUUAGUGGCAAAAUGGUGUACCAUGGGCCAGCACCGAAUGCUCUGGAUUACUUCGCCAAUAUUGGGUAUGCCUGUGAACCCCACAAUAACCCAGCAGAUUUCUUUCUGGAUGUCAUCAAUGGAGACUCUACUGCCACCCCUAUGACCAAGAUGCACAGCUCUGAAGAACUGGACUUUGAGGAGUUCAGCAGCUCCAGGCAGAGCAUCGAAGACCGUCUGGUGGAGGAGUACAGGAACAGCAGCUACUCCAGGGACACACGGACUGAGCUGGAACGCAUCGCCCAGGGUAAGGAGUGCAUCUCCAGGCCCAAGUCUCGCACUAUUACCUACAACAGCUCUUUCUUCCACCAGCUCCGAUGGGUGCUCAAGAGAACUUUCCAGAACCUCAUGCUGAACCCACAAACGUCAGUGGCUCAGGUGGGAGUCAACAUUUUCCUCGCUCUCAUUGUGGGUGCCAUUUUCUUCGGGGUUAAAGAUGAUCAGAGCGGUAUCCAGAACAGGAUGGGCGCCCUCUUCUUCAUCACGACCAACCAGUGCUUCAGCACCGUGUCUGCUGCCGAGCUCUUCAUCACGGAGAGGAAACUGUUUGUGCACGAGUACAUCAGCGGCUAUUACAGAGUGUCAGUCUACUUCCUCUCUAAGAUCCUAUCUGACAUCAUCACCCUACGCACCAUCCCAGCCAUUAUCUUCAGCUGCAUUGUUUACUUUAUGAUCGGGCUCAAAUCCACAGUGUCUGCCUUCUUCAUCUUCACGCUGACAGUGACUCUGGUGGCCUACACAGCCACAGCCAUGACCAUGGCCAUCUCAGCUGACCAGAGUGUGGUGGCUCUAGCCAACAUUUUCAUGACCAUCACCUUUGUCUUCAUGAUGAUUUUCUCAGGUCUCCUGGUGAAUCUCCCCAGCAUCAUGGAUUGGCUGGCGUGGCUGAAGUACUUCAGUAUCCCACGCUACGGCCUAGCAGCCCUGAAGAUCAAUGAGUUUGUGGGUUUGAAGUUCUGCGAGGAAGCUGUGAUCCAAAACACCACCAUGCAUCCUAUCAUGAGCAACUGCACUGUGAACACAGCUGGCUUGGCGUGUACCGGCGAACAGUAUCUGGACUACCUGGGGAUAGAGUACACAACCUGGGGGCUGUGGGAGAAUCAUGUGGCUCUGACUGUCAUGGCAUUCAUAUUCCUCAUCAUCGCCUAUCUGAAACUCCGCUUCAUUAAGAAGUUCACAUAGAUGUGUGUGAAUCUCUGUAACAGUUUAUUUUUCUCUUCAAGGAAAAAGGCCAGUGGUUGUUUUGUUCGCCUAACAUUUUGCCAUGGAGUGUGCCUAUGGUUUGCACUUACAGUAUAUAGUCUAAUAUUCAGUAUAGGUAAAAUGUACCUGAAUGUAAAUUAGCACUGAAUGAAUAUUCAAGUUUCAAGUCUUUUUCUUAUACCGCAUUUAUUAUGGGCAUUUGUAAGUACUUCUCUUUACUGUUUUAUGUUCAAAUCAAGAAUGAGACUAUGCCUAUGAGCUCUUGACUAGCUGAAACCACUGCUGAGAAGCUAAUUUAUUUAGCUUUUGCAAAAAUUCCAAAUCACACUGAGUCAAAUCAUUCUUGAUUAUAAUUACCUCCAUUAUGUUGAUUGUUUGUAAGAGAUAAUGUACCAUUUAAUCAAGUAGACAGUAUUUGUUAACUAGAUGUUCAGGAACGUACAUAUAUAUAUGUGUAUAUAUAUAUAUAUAUAUAUAUAUAUAUAUAUAUAUAUAUAUAUAUAUAUAUAUAUAUAUAUAUAUAUAUAUAUAUAUAAAUGCUAUAUACUUAUACUACUGUUUGAGAGCAAACUUUUAUAAAAUUUUCAUGUUAUCUUGA